AACUGGGGAAAAAAUGUGAAGAUAACGGCAAGAAAAAAAGUCUGUGAGCAGUCAUGGUGUUAAAGGAUAUUUUAAUAAAAGGGGAUAGAAAAAGGCAUUUUUGUUGCAAAUGAAUACCAGGAGAAGAGCAGUUCACAAUCCCACCGAGUGUUUUUUCCAGAGCUUUUCUAACGUCAGGCAUGUUUGUAUAUUUUUCCCUCAGUUGGAAUAACAGCUCCAUCCAGUGCAGUGGGCUAAAAUAGGAGAGAGUGGUCCCCGCUGGCAAGCAACUAGCAGCCGCAGAAGACUCCCUGCCUGGCCCCAUAAAUACCCUGCUUGUGUAACUAGCUGUGGCCAGAUGCACACACAAACGCUGCAGUCACUGCUGAACCUCAGCGUGCCCAUCACUUUCUGUGCUCCUGGUUCUGUUCCCAGACACGUGCCCUGCCUGCUUGCUCCACUUUUAUCCUCGGCUCUCCCCUGGGUCCCAAACGGCAGCAGCCUUGCUCCCUCCCCUAGCCAUUCCCCUUGCGCCUCUGAACACAGUGGCUGUGGCUCGUCUUUCGGCUCCCUUCACUGCACUCUGAAUCCUUCAUUCAUCCCUCCCACUGCCCCGAGCGUCUGGCCAGAGAGAUGCCUUCUUCUUGAGGCGCUGCCGGCAUCCCCCACCAAAACCCACUGGGUGCAGAGGAGCGGGGAUGCUGAGUCCCAGCCUCCCAGAGGACUCCUGAUCUCGAUAUUGCCAUAGCAACUGCUCCCACUGCUCCCUUGAUAAGGGAGCAGCAGUGCCCGCGGAACCCAGCUCAGGACAUUGGAAGUCCAGACAUCCCCAACGCUGAAUUGCAACCUAUCUGUCGCCGCUCUUUUCAAAGGGGGAGAAAAAACCCAUUUCAAUGAUGUCAACAGAAUGCGUUCAGCCACUUGAUAUCCCAGAAGACAGACUGGACAAGCGAGAUUCACACUGCAACCAUUUAGAAGAUCUUUCAGAACAACUGAUUAAGAGCUGUGAUCUCAAAAAGAAACCAAGAAAAGGUAAAACUAUCCAGCCUUCCCAAAACACUGAACAGGAGCAGAAAAAGCCAAGGAGAAAAGACACACCAGCUAUACACACCCCACCACCCCUAACAGGCAUACUUUCAGACUUUUCUGAUAAUCUGCUGAAAAGGUAUGGUAUCUCAGAUAAGCCACAGAGAGAGAGAGUGAGUCAAGGCUCUCAGAUCACUGAACUGGAGCAGAAAAAGCCCAGGAGAAAAGAUACACCUGCAAUACACAUCCCACCUUUGAUAAUAGGCACUAAGCUGCUUACAGAAGAAAAGCAAACAGCAAUUAUGGAAGAUGAAGAAAAGGAUGGAGACACAAUCCCCAGUUAAGAUUACAGUGAUAUUUCCAGUAUUGCAAUGUAAAUAAUUCUGGGUCAUUCAAAGUGGCAGCACAUAGAAAAAGAAGUCCUUUCAUUUUUAUAAAUAAUAGUUUUUUCAAGUAUGCACUUGAAUUCAUCUUCAAGUGCUUCUCUGCAUCUCAUGAAAUCCCAGCAAGUAUUACAGGAGAUGACAGAAAAUUCACCUACAUGUGGGGCUGGAAGGAUUCUCUUGGUUUACUAAAGCAGCUUCCCAGGAUUUUUGUCUUCAAGGGAUCCACCUGAGACUACAUCUAGUACCUUGUAGUGAGGUGGUAAGAGUUAACACAAAGGCCCCACCAAUCCAGGGUAGCUGGCGCUAGAUAACAGGGUGUCAGUAAAUGCAUGAUACCACUAGAUAUCACAGGGUAGUCAAAUAUCAACUAAUGAUUCACAUUGCAUUUUUCUUCUGACAUUUCACCUCGGUCAUCCAGCUUUCCUUCACUGGAAUAAUGUUGACCACAGUAAAAAUUUCCACAUGCAGGGCUGAUGUGAUCGAUGUUCCUGAAAUGCAAAGCAAACACUUUUUGUGCCUGUAUCUGUUCAUGACUCGUGAUUGAGAGGAGAAGAGGGUAGAUUUACUGUCGUAGAAAAGCUUACAGCUAUGGGCUGUCAGCACUGAUACAUCAAACAGAACUGACGACAGAGCUCUCAGAAGAGAAACUUUUGGGAAGAGCAACAUUUGCCUAUUACAGCGGUGUAGACUAUUGAUUUCUUUUUUUUCUCAAAGGUUUUAUUCCUGGAUUGCUGAAAGCCAGACUAGUUGGAAAGCUGAUCCUUUUACUCUUCGUUUUUUUCUUUUGAUACCUGUUUUUUUAGCUCAGUCUUAGGAGGAACUAUAAGGAUUAAAAAUCAUAGCAAAAUAUUGCAGAUUGAGUAAAAGAGAUAGCAUUACUCUAUGUCAUAUAUAUAAUGCAAGAUGAAACAGCACCAUACUUUAAAAAAAUAUUUUAAUUCAAUGAUUAAACCAAUAAAUGUUUUCAUGGCCAGCUACACACUUCAGCAUUUGUACGGAGAUGGGUACUUUUAGAAUAUUAUACAAAAUACGUAGGGCUGAAUAGCUUUGUGCUUACCUUAAUAGCUCUGUACGCUAGAUGGAGCAGCACCACCAGCUGGACCAUUAGGGACCUCAGCACACAGGUUAGAGAUUACCUAGGGUGGCAGAUUGCAUCCAGUUAUCUGUUUAACACCCAUAGGUAGGCAGCUGAGAAGCACACUAGCCUGGACUUCAUUUGCCACAGUGACUGACCCAGCAUCUUUCAUCCCAUUCACAGAUGUUCAGCUUCAAGAUGUAAUCAACAAGCUUAUAAUAAAAUAUGGUAUAUUAAAGCAUACAAAAGAUCAGCUGUAUUAUUAAUGGGAUGUCUGAUACCUAGAAGGUGUAAUUUUUAAUCCUAUUAAUCUAUCAACAGGAUAAGAUAAUAUUUAAAAUACGAUCAAUCAGUGUUUCAUAUUAUGAUGUUCGCAUAAGGUGCGCAAUAAAGUAUGUCACUGCAAGUACGUGGUAAGAAUAUAAGCGCAAUCAGCAUGUCACAUUUGUGAUCCAACGCACUGCUAGUUUUUAAUUUUUGGAACUGU